CCGAUAAAAGGUCAAAAAUAUUAUAUAUGCUGGCACUAAUGAACGUCCUCAUCGGAUAUUUGGGGGCUUCUGAAACUUAUUGCUUCCAUAGACUUGGAGCUGCCAAUAAUUUAGUGAUUUACAAGAGCGGGCUUGGGCCUGGCUUUCGAGUUCAGAUCCCCCGAGUCCCCCGACCCUCCCGAGCCCACCUUGAAACCCUACAAGGCUUGGGCCUGACUCGGAGUUCGGCCAGGGCCUGUAACAAGGAACACAUCUCAUAUUUGUUGACGUGUAUUGGAAUCGUCUAGCAAUACCAGAAUUAGCAUUCAAACGUUCUAUCUAACGAACCUUUGUCUCCCGCAAUCAGAUUCCAGCCUCGGCGUUGAGCUCAGGAAACACG